CUAAGGCUCACUUAUCGCUAAUAAUACUCAAGCAAUAUUGAAUAAGCACCAAAAAACAUGGCUUUGCAUCAAAAUCUUACAGAAGUUCAAAACAGUUGCUGAAGAAUGGAUAAUAAAUCCAAGUAUGGAACGAAUUUUAUUCUUAAAGAUCAUGAAAAUGAUAUAAGAAAUGGUUUGAAACCUGAAGAUGAAGAUACGGUUCCCUGCGUGUCUCCCAAUGAUGACGACUACCUUCUUAAUGAGAAGAAACAUUAUAUGACCAGUCAAAGUAUUUCAAAAUGGAGAAAAGCUGCCAUUGCUAUUUCAUUGGUUUCUUUAGUCUGCACCUUUGUCAUUGGUGUGACAGCUUUUUCAAUGUCAAGUGUUGCAAAGAGCUCCGCAGCCUUCGGAUUUGCUUUUGACUCGCUUCUAGAUGUCCUGUCUACGCUUGUCGUACUUUGGAGAUUUGUUGGAGACAAAGGACAGACUCUUACAUGGGACAGAGAAAGAAGAGCAUGUAUAGUAAUGGGAGUGUGCUUUAUCGUGUCUUCUCUUGGAAUACUUGUUAGAGCAGUCCGAUCUCUUAUCGUAGACAGACACCCGCAUGAGUUUAUUGGCAUUCAAAUUAUUUCUGGUGUUUGUCUCGUUGUAUUUUCUGUUUUGGCUUGGAUGAAAUUUGUAGUGGCCGAGAGACUAUCGAGUAGCUCAUUAAAGACCGACGGGUUUAGUUCACUGGCUGGUGCUGUCAUGGCUCUUGGGUUACUAAUGAGCUCUCUUUCAUAUGAAGAAAAUAAAUCAGUUUGGUUCCUAGAUGCAGCUAUUGCCUUGUGUAUAUCUGUUUGCCUGGGUGCUUAUGCAGUAAGGUUGCUAAGUCAAAUGAUAAAGCCAUUGCCGUCUAAAAGAAGUCGGGUGGACACCGAAGACUAGCUGAAUACAUCUUCAUUACAUGUCGUCGUCGUUGCCUUCUGGUCGUCGUCAUCGUCAUCAUCAUCAGCGACAACAACAACAAAAUGAAGAUGCUAUUAUCGAAUUGAAAAUACCAAGUAAACAGCUCAUUACAAUCCACUCCUUUCAUUCCAGUUCAUUGUUAUUUAAAAUCCAAGAUUCAUCUGAUGAAGACAAGUGCUUUUUGGAUGUUUUGUAUAUUUAUAUCAAACGACAAGGUGACAUUAAAAGAAUUGAAGUUCAUAUUAAUUAGAUAUGAAUCUCGCCGUCAAGUCCUGUUGACAGUAAAAUAAAAAAUUAACAAUAAAAGUUAAGUUGAUCGAC